AAAAGAGAUAAUGGAUCGUUCUCCUGAACAUAAUUACUUUGUCGCAAGGCCAAUUUACUCUAAACCUACUUUUGAAGAAGACAAUGAAACUAAAGCCAGAGUGCAUAAGACUUUCCGAAACAAACUUCAAAAGUCAUGCACCUGCUCGAGCAAAAGGGCCCUACGUGUGGUCAAGAGUAUGUUCCCCAUUCUGGACUGGUUGCCUAACUACAGAGUAAAGGAGUGGCUGCCCAGUGACAUUAUCUCAGGAGUCAGUACUGGACUUGUUUGUACUUUACUGGGACUGGCAUAUGCACUGCUGGUUGCAGUCCCUCCCAAAUAUGGUCUGUAUGCAGCCUUCUUCCCCAUUUUACCCUAUUUCAUUCUGGGGACCUCAAGACACAUUUCUAUAGGCCCCUUUGCAGUGACCUCUCUGAUGAUAGGAUCAGUGGUUCAAUCCAUGACUCCUGACUCCAACUUCAUAAAGACCAUUAAUGGGACAAGUGGCAAUGGAACAGUUAUAAUUGAUACAAAUGCCCAGGACGCACAAAGAGUACUUGUGGCUAUAGCAAUGACCUAUCUCAUUGGAUUUUUCCAGCUGGGUAUGGGAGUGUUGCAGAUUGGCUUUAUAGUCCGGUAUCUCUCUGAUCCUUUGGUUGGAGGAUUUACCACUGCAGCUGCAUUCCAAGUGUUGGUCUCUCAAGUGAAAAUAGUCCUCGCUGUACCAACAGGAAAUUACAACGGAGUUUUAUCUAUUAUAUACCCAAUCAUUGACAUUUUUAAAAACAUUCAGCAAACCAACAUUGCAGACCUGACUGCUGGGUUGUUGACAAUUCUUAUUGUAAUGGUGGUCAAGGAAAUCAAUACUAAAUACCAGCAUAAGAUCCCAGUACCUAUUCCCAUUGAAGUGAUAGUGACUAUCAUAGCAACAGGCAUUUCGUAUGGAGUAGACCUGAAGUCAAAGUAUAAUGCCAACAUUGUACAGAACAUCCCUAGAGGAUUUCUGCCCCCUCAGAACCCUGAUGUGACGUUGUUCUCGAGCAUUGCGAGCUCCAGUUUCUCCACGGCUGUGGUUGCGUAUGCUGUGGCUGUUUCUGUAGGUAAAGUGUACGCUACAAAGCAUGACUACGUCAUAGAUGGAAAUCAGGAGCUCAUUUCAUUUGGAAUCUGCAAUAUUUUCACGGGAGCUUUCUCUGGGUUCAUUGCCACCACUUCACUGUCACGCACAGCUGUUCAGGAGAGCACUGGUGGAAAGACACAGAUUGCUGGCAUAAUCUCAGCUGCACUAGUAUUGGUCGUUAUAUUUGCACUGGGCAGCCUGCUGGAACCUCUUCAAAAGUCUGUCUUGGCUGCCAUCAUCAUUGCUAAUCUGAAAGGAAUGUUCAUGCAAGUUUUGGAUGUUCCUCGUCUGUGGAGGCAGAACAAAAUAGACUCUAUAAUCUGGGUUUUCACCUGCAUUGGAUGCAUAAUCCUGGGACUUGACCUUGGGCUGCUGGCAGGUCUUGUGUUUGAGUUGGUCACGGUGGUGUACAGAACUCAGUUCCCCACCUGUUCUGCUCUGGGGAACUUUCCAGGGACAGAUAUCUACAAGAAUAUCAAAGACUACAAGCACGUUGCAGAAAUACCUGGAAUCAAAAUCUUCAAAUGCAAUUCACCAAUUUUCUUCGCUAACAUUGACUACUUUAAAGACCGCUUGAAGGCAGUAGUCGGUGUUGAUGCUGCCCGAGUGUUGAAGAAGAGGACAAAGGCACUGAGGAUGAUCCAGAAUCUCAUUAAGAAAGGAAGGUUAAGAGCUACAAAGAAAGGUGUGGUGUCUACCAUGGGGAUUGAUAACGAGGGCUUUGAGAUGGAGAAGGAGCUGGAGGAGAUGGAGGAGAGCAGUAUUCCCACCACAGAGGUGGAGAUACGAGUGGACUGGGAUUCUGACCUGCCAGUGAAGGUGGCAGUGCCUAAAGUCAGCUUCCACAGCCUCAUCCUGGACUUUUCUGCGGCAUCCUUUCUUGACGUCGUAUCUGUGAAGUCCUUAAAGUUGGUCAUUAAAGAAUUUCAGAAAAUAGGUGUGAAUGUCUAUAUCGCUGGAUAUGAUGAUCUCUUUGAUGCAGGAUUCCGAGGAGCCUCUGACCUUCACCGAUGAUGAAACAGAAGAAACUUAUGACAAUCAAAGAAGGGCUAUCCAUGGACUGUCUAGCUAAGCCUGGGCUUUGGGUUUUUUCAUCUCCUUCUCAAGGAUGUGUUUUGAAUUCUACAAAUGUAAACAUUGAAAAAUUAGGACAUUUAUUGCACCUCUCUACUCUUCACCCUUAUCUUUCCGGUUUAUUAGAAGCUAAUACAUACCUAGAGGUUAAAGUCAACAGCUGCUCAAGGACCUGCACUGUUCUACACUUUGUCACACUUCUGUAACUAUCCACAAGGCCUCCAAGGUUAUGAUUUUCCCAAGGAAGGGCUUAUGUAAUUAGGCAUUCAUGAUACAAUAACGUAUGUCCCUUUUUUGAGCUUGAGAACUUUUAAUGGCUUUUAAUCUUGCUUUGUACAAUUCUUUUGUGUAAAGGCAAUAAUGUGGAAGUGCAAUGUGGACACAGGCAUUCUGAACAUCACUCAGAUGUGGCUCCAUAAAUGAAUGAAAGCUCAAGUCUUUUUCAGCAGCAUUUUGUGAAGAAGGUUUCACACCGCCUUAUGCACUCUCUGUAGGAAAAAAACAAAAUUUAGUCUCAACUGCUGCCUCUAACAGGUCUUUAAAACCUUAUAGUCAUCUUCACAUGCCUGUGAACAACAGAGUCAGUGUGUGAAUAAACAGUUGGUUUCCCCUCCUAAGCCGUCUUCCUGUGCUCUAACUAUUAGGGCCCUAACUGACCUCUCAAAGAAGAAGAGAGUGAUUCCCGAGUGACGUCGUAAUAUCUACAGUAUAAGACAGGAAAUGUGUAGGGUACAGGAAGCCAACUGUUUGUACUCAGUCCUGCCCUGUUGUGGCAGGCAAGCCCAUCUGAAAAUGAAGCCUUGGAAACAAAAAGAUGUUGAAAAUUGACAGAGCGCUAAUGAGAAUGUUAUGCAAAUGAAAGGUAAGAGAUUUAAAACCUGUAUAUUGAUAUGCAAAAUGUAAACUAGGAGUAGUGUUUAAAAAGCAAAUGUUGAUACAUUAUGGGAGAAUAAAGCAAAUCAGAAACUUAUGUUCUGCACAUCUGUGCAUAUCAAUAAAAUUAUUCUUUAUUUCGUGUUGUA